GUUUAUUACUGGUUGUCUCCUGCAUUUUACAACCAUACAAGAAUAAUACUCCUGGCUCAUGAAGUGAAUUGUGUGGUUUUUGGGUUGGACUGAACAUAGAUAUAUAUAAAACAAUUACUUAAAAUGAGAUUUUAUUAAACUGAUCCUUAACUGGCUCCAAUACGAUAUGCACAGCCCUCUACCAGGAAUUCAGAGGUCUGCCCACUUCUGCUAGAUCACAUCCAGGAUUUGGGACUCUGAAGAUAUAGUAGUGUUGGCUUUGGUCUUCCUGUGUUGAGACAAGAAGAGGACUGACCACUGUAGCAAUGCCCAGAUCAUUCCUGGUGAAGAGCAAGAAAGCUCACAGCUACCACCAACCCAGAUCUACAGAUGAUGAUUACUCAAUACUUCAGCAGAGUGUCCUGGUUCAUAUAUGUGCAGAUAAUAAAAUUGUUCCUGAGCUACAAAGGGACUUAUCCCCAGUUUCAUCUCACCUGGGAGAUAGCACAGAUGAGACUUCAGACUCCCCAGCUAGCAGUGAUGGCAGCGUGUGUGACACAGGGACUUCUGAAUAUGAGGACUGUUGGAGACCCCCCUCUCCCUCUGUCUCCCCAGCUUCUGAGAAGUCCUCCUCUCCUCCUCUGGAUUCGUCACCUUUCCACCUGCCCUUCAAACCUUACACAAGUCCAUGGAGAAGUGUAGCAGGCUCAGAACUUCGGCAGCUGGUCCAAAGCUACAGACCUGCUAAUCUGGACAGGAACCCUGGGUUGAGUCUGUAUGGAGAGAGGGAGCCUCCGACUCCCCCACCACUUUAUGGCACAGACAGAUCCAUCCAUGGGCUUUAUAGGGACUAUGGACAGGGAGUGGGAUGCUAUGGGGAAUCCCGAUCUGCUACAUCCCUGUAUGGGGAGAAGACCCAGGGCCUCAAAUUGGAGUCUGAUUUAAUUUGUAGCCGGCUGCUGCUUAACUCUGGAUCCUACAAAUGCCUAAAGUGCAGUAAGGUCUUUUCUACACCCCAUGGGUUAGAGGUACACGUUCGACGUUCCCAUAGUGGUACAAGGCCUUUUGGCUGUGAAAUGUGUGGCAAAACCUUUGGCCACGCAGUCAGCUUGGAGCAACACAAAGCUGUCCACUCACAGGAAAGAAGUUUUGAUUGUAAAAUUUGCGGUAAAAGUUUUAAAAGAUCAUCCACCCUUUCCACGCACCUUCUCAUUCAUUCGGAUACCAGGCCGUACCCCUGUCAGUACUGUGGCAAGAGAUUCCAUCAGAAGUCAGAUAUGAAGAAACAUACGUUUAUACACACAGGUGAGAAGCCACACAAAUGCCAAGUGUGUGGGAAAGCUUUUAGCCAGAGCUCCAACCUAAUCACCCACAGUCGUAAACACACUGGAUUUAAGCCUUUUGGCUGUGACCUUUGUGGCAAAGGCUUUCAGAGGAAGGUGGAUUUAAGGAGACAUCGUGAGACACAGCAUGGACUCAAAUGAUGACACAUGCUACCAGGAAAUCAGUGUCUGUACCAGAUGAGAACACUAGCUGAACUCCACUAUGACAAUCUGUAGCGUUGACUCAUUUUGCCACUAAAGAGGGUUUUGUAGAUGAAAUAACCUCAGUCUGGAGUUUACUCACCAUUCCUGUCACCUUUUGAACUUGUGAAUCUUCGGUGGCCAAUCUCUGCCAGAUGUCCUAGGGCAUAGUACCCAAAAAGGAGGGCAGAAAACAAUGAAACAGAGACUAUAUCCAGACUUUAAACAGUAUUUGAAUGUCUUACAAAAACUGCCCUUUAAUUAUAUACAAACAAAUUUUUUUAGAAAAUCCUUAUGUUAAGACACGGACUGAGAAAAUGUAUUUUGUUGUGUGUUUAUUUUUCUAGAUUAAACAGUUAUUUAUUUCAUAUAGACAGAUGUGAAAGUAUAAAUUAAACUUUUAUAAUUCAGAUAGAGAAUGCAAUUAAAAAAAUAAUCCAAUUGACUUAAAUGAUCAAAUCUAUUUUGUUUUCUUGUUCUCAUUUGUUAAAUGUAGUUCAUUUUCAUGAACCAUACUGAGGUAGGCUCAUGAACGAGCAAGUGACUUGAGCACAUGUACACUUGUUAGCCUACCUGAGUAUGCUCUCAUGUAAAUGAACUAAGAUUUAACAAAGAUUAACAAAAGAGAAAAAGUAAAGGGUUUAAGAAUUCAAUUGAAACGUUUUCUAAAAUGUUAUGCUCUAUCUAAAUCAUAAAGUUGAAUUUUUAUGAA